UCUUCCAUCAUGGGUGUACUUUGCUUGAAUGAUUAUUUUAAAGUACACGUCCUAUUUUUGCCAAUCUGACAGCUGUUUCCAUAGAAACCAGAGAAGAAAUAGUCAUUUUCAGCAGAGUUGUUAAAACUGUCUUCCAGGCUUCGGCUGCGAGUGCCAAUAAUCAAGGAGAAGAAAGAUGAACUUAAUCUAUGGACUGCAAUCUGCUACUAGAAACUGUGUUUUCUUCCGAUUUCAUUUGCUGGCCCACUGGAGAAAAUGUAACACACGAGCUGUAACCUCACCAGACUGUCAUCAAGUACAAAUUAAUCAUAUAGUUAAUAAGUAUCAGGGUCUGGGAGUAAAUCAGUAUGAUAGGUUGACUUUUCUGCCUGAAAAUUUUUCUUUCUCUAAGACCUUCAGUAAUGAAAGACCAGGAUGCCUCUUGAGCACGAGAUGUAAGGAAAUUGGGAUGGUUACCCCAAAACGUACUGUGUGGAAUGACUCUUUAUCAAGACAACUACAGAUAAAAGAAGUUACAGGAGUUCCUGCUCUUUCACUAUUGCAUCCUCUAAACUGUCUUCAUGAAAGAGACAUCAGGAGUUUUCACACUUCUCCUCAGUGUCAAGCUGCUCCGGUUCCUCUCUUGUUGAUAAUUCUCAAGCCAGUGCAGAAACUAUUUGCAAUCAUUGUAGGCAGGGGCAUAAGGAAAUGGUGGCAGGCACUUCCUCCUAACAAGAAGGAACUAUUUAAAGAAAGUUUAAGAAAGAAUAAAUGGAAGUUACUCCUAUGUUUCAGUAGUUUUGGAUUGCUCUUUGUAGUGUUUUAUUUUACUCACCUGGAAGUGAGUCCUGUCACGGGAAGGAGGAAGCUACUAUUAUUGGGGAAAGAACAUUUCAGACUUUUAUCAGAACUGGAAUAUGAAGUAUGGAUGGACGAAUUUAAAAAUGAUAUGCUCACUGAGAAGGAUGCCCGAUACCUAAUGGUUAAGGAGGUGGUUAAUCAUUUGAUUGAAUGCAAUAAAGAUAUUCCAGGGGUCUCUGAGAUCAAUUGGAUUAUUCAUGUGGUUGAUUCCCCAGAUGUAAAUGCCUUCGUGCUUCCAAAUGGACAAGUGUUUAUCUUCACCGGGCUUUUAAAUAGUGUGACUGAUAUCCAUCAACUUUCCUUCCUUCUGGGCCAUGAAAUAGCACACGCAGUACUUGGGCAUGCUGCAGAAAAGGCUAGCUUGGUUCAUUUAUUGGAUUUCCUAGGUCUGAUUUUUCUCACAAUGAUUUGGGCCAUUUGCCCUCGAGAUAGUUUGGCACUUUUGGGCCAGUGGAUACAGUCUAAACUGCAGGAGUAUAUGUUUGAUAGACCGUACAGUAGAACAUUAGAGGCUGAAGCUGACAAAAUUGGACUACAGCUUGCUGCAAAGGCUUGUGUGGAUGUCAGAGCCAGUUCGGUGUUUUGGCAGCAGAUGGAAUUUGCAGAUCGUCUCCAGGGCCAUCCCAGGUUGCCAGAAUGGUUAUCCACACACCCUUCUCAUGGAAAUCGAGCUGAGCACUUGGAUAGACUCAUACCUCAGGCUCUUAAAAUUAGAGAGAUCUGUAAUUGCCCACCACUUUCUGGACCAGACCCUCGAUUACUCUUCAAACUCAGCAUGAAGCAUUUCUUGGAAGAAUCAGAGAAAGAAGACCUAAAAGUCACUGCCGAGAAACAGAAAAUGGAUACUCUCACCAUUCAACAACAGAAGCAAAUACCCUUAACAUAUAUAGUUGAGAAAAGAACUAGCAGUUGAAUUAAAAUUUAUGAGACACGGGAUAUAUGAAGAAUGCAGCGGUCCUUACCAUUUUUAUGUUAUUUUUUAAAAAAUGAUGUUUGAAAUUUAAAAAAUGUAUAUUCAGGGUCAAAUCAUGUGUAUUACAAGUAUUAUCUAAAUUCUUCUAGGUAUUUUCAUGAAAUAUUGAUGUAUUUUAAUCUAUUUUAAAGUAUCUUCAAUGAGCAAAGUGUCACAGAAUAAAUUUAUAUUACACAUUUUA